UGAAGCUGAAGCUGGUCUGGUCAGUCUCAGUGGCAGAGUGGCUGAGAGUACAGCGGGGUUUCUGGAAGUGAAACAGCGGUGUUUCUGCUGGAAAUGCUCUCUUUAUUUGAUUACAGAGUGUGAAGGACAUUUUCGCUCCCUAGCUGAUCAGACCAGCGCUGUUGUUUCGUCGCGGCGGCGGUAGAAUUAAUCCAUAACAACACACAGGUCUGCAGAUGGGUCAGGGCCUGUGGAGGGUAGCGAGGAACCAGCAGCUGCAGCAGGAGUACAGCGAGCAGUGUUUCCUCCAGCGCAGUGAGCGUCGCCGCAGGAUGACGCCGCUGAUGAGCGAGACACCGUCACAGUCACGCCGAACGCCACAGUGUCACGCCGACCUCGGACACCUGCUGCGCGCACGCAAGGCCAAAGAGGAGCAGGGCUUCAUCGACCUGGACAUGCUGCCUCCAGAGCUCGGCAUCACCAUUCUGUCCUACCUGAACGCCACCGACCUGUGCCUGGCCUCCUGCGUGUGGCAAGAACUGGGCAAUGACGAGCACCUGUGGCAGGGCUUGUGCAAGUCCACAUGGGGUCACUGUUCCAUCUACAACCGGCUCCUUCCCCCCGGCUUCUCCUACAGAAAACUCUACAUGCAGCUCGAUGAAGGAAGUUUGACGUUCAACGCUAACCCUCAGGAGGGUAUCGCUUACCUUAUGUCCAGAAGCAUUCUCCUGGACCAUCCGAAGGAAAUCGCCAAGUUCAUAUUCUACACCAGAACGCUGAACUGGAAGAUGCUGCGUAUUUAUCUUGAUGAACGUCGUGAAGUUCUGGACGAGCUGGUCACACUACACAACUUCAGUAACCAGUUCCUUCCCAACGCAUUGAGGGAUUUCUUCAGACACAUUCACGCGCCCGAGGAGCGCGGCGAGUACCUGGAGACGCUCAUCACAAAAUUCUCACACCGGUUCUGUGCCUGUAACCCCACGCUGGUGAGGGACGUCGGCCUCACGCCUGAUGCCGUGUACGUGCUGUGCUACUCGCUCAUCCUGCUCUCCAUCGACCUGAGCAGCCCACACGUGAAGAACAAGAUGUCCAAGCGCGAGUUCAUCCGUAACACGCGGCGCGCCGCACAGAACAUCAGCGAGGACUUUGUGGGCCAUCUGUAUGACAACAUCUAUCUGAUUGGCCACGUGGCUGCCUAGCAGAUCAUACACACUCGUGUGCGCACGCACAUACACACAGGCACUGGCCAAUAAAACACUCGGCUAUGGCACUGACACGUAUUCCGCUAAUACGAAAGGGUUCCUCCGAGGAUGGAGACACAUCAACGCUGAGGUAUAGAGGUAUUCAUUAGGAUAGUGUAGGGAACGCUAGACAGCAACACACACACACACACACACACAACAUGGGUUGCCUUAAGAGGCAGAAAAGAGUAGCGACUCGCUCACAGCUUAAAACUGCAGAGCCAUGUAGCCACACAAAGCUAAAUGCAGCCGUGUCAUUAUAAAUCGAUUGUAAUCUCCACGCUUGACAUGUGACCCGAGUCUGCUCGCUCGCCGUUUAUUACAUUUUUGCUCUUUUUUUUUAAAUGAAGCCACAGUCUGCGAACGAGAUUAUUUUUCCAUUCGAUGUCUGUCUACCCUCUCUCUGCAUCCGUUUCCUCUCUUCUUUAUAUCCGUCGAUUCCAAAGCAGCCGCAAAAAAACAUCUGGUUCGAUCCGGAUGGAAACGAAGGGUUUUUAGAUGUUGACGAUGUUGAUGUACCAACAGUCUUCAUCAUGUGAUUGAUUUUUCAAAACAGCUCAAUGUUGCUGACAAACUUUCUCGGCCUGAAGUGACGUAUAACAGAAACGUAUCGAGAUUCCGAAUAGGAACCGGACACGGAGAUGAAGAUUCUUGACCAGUCCCAAAGCCGUAACGUUGGCAGCUCUCGGCCCCAGGUUCGAUCUGGGUUCUCCGGUUUCCUCCCAACUUCCAAAAAAAAAAAAGUUUGUUGCACUGGCAUCUCAUCCAGCGUUCCUGGGAUCGACUCCGGUUCCACAGUGACCCUGACCUGGAGCGAAGCCCUCACCCUCACUGAAGAUCCCGUUCUUCUAAAGACUUGGAAAUCCUAAUUCUCUUUGGAAUCAUUUUUGAACUCGUAGCUCAUUCAAGUCUGCUGGACCGAGUAGCAAUUGCUUUAAUGAUUGCCGUUUGUGUGUGUGUGUGUGUGUGUGUGUGUGUGUGUGUGUAUACACACCGCUUUAAAAUGAGGUGCGUGAGGAUGCGAAGGGAAGGGAACGCCUCGCCUCGCUCCCGCCGCCUGUAUAACCUCUCGCUGCUUCUGCUGUAACACAAGCGAAUCUCUGACACUGUUACUGUUCAGUUGAUCAAGAGCACUUUAACCCGACGAGAGAGGUUGUGGUGUGGUGGUUUUUUUUUUUUUUUUCAUUAUUAUUAUUAUUAUUGUUGAAUAUUCUAUCCAUCCGUCUUUCUAAUUUGGGGUUUAUGUAUGCACAUGUGAAGGAGCUCCACAGUAGUGCCAAUAGCAAUGCUGAAGUGUGUGUGUGUGCACUGACAUAACAUUCGCAUGAUCUAUUAUAAACAGAUAUGAUUAAUACGACUUGUUUUAUUUGCACAUUUAUGUACAUAUGAGUAUAGAGGUUUAUAUAGAAAAUUUUAUUUUUAAAUAUUUUAGCUAAUUUUUUUUUUAAUUUUUAUUUUUCCCCCCUUUCCCUUAAUUGAUAAGGUGACUUCUUUCUUUCUUCCUCGCUCUCAUACACACACAAAAAAACCACUUGCAUCAUUGAUGUCCAUCAUGCAAAUGAAAUGCUAAUGAUGCAAACAGAAGUCCGGUGUAUAUCUGUGUUUUAUGCAGACUUUUUUUUUUUUUUUUUCUUCCCCUCCCCCAUGUACAUCCCUACAAUCGUUCUGCUGCUGUUCUGAGAAAAUCUCUGACCCUUCAGGAAACAACUCUUCCAUUUUAUCUAAUAAUUUGGCCUAAUUAUCAUGUGUUUAGAAGGCAUGUAAGGUUUUAAAAGAUGUACGACCUUGGUAUCGCUUUGAAUCGUCCUGUCAAAUGAUCAUCACUAGUGCUGCGUUUGAUUGGAUCCAAGCUAAACAGGGUGGAGUGCUGAGAGUAAAUAACUGUCACUUGCACUAGAAGUGAAGAUGUAACAGCCUCGGGACGACGCCGGCGUCCAUUCACACUUAUUUUUUUAAUGUAAUACCGGCGCGUGUGCGCACACUUGUUUGUUCGCUUUCCCGGAGGCCUUAUGCGACGGAGUAAUAAAAGAUUGUCGCAGGAUAAAGUUGGCUUUUCUCCUGAUAGACUGCAGAAUUAAACCCAUAACAAUGAAACGCUGAUGUUUUGAUCAAAUUUAUUCAAUAUUAAGAAAUUAGUAGGUAAUUGUUUUUGAGAGGUUUCUGAAUGACAACACUGGACUAAAAUACUUCUAGAUUGCAUAAAAAAAAUAAAAAUGCUGAAAAGCAUUAAAACUG